CCCUGGCGUGCAUCCUCUCUCGCUUUAGCCGCUCCACCCUGCUCCUCGCCUCCCCUCCCCUGCCACCUGUUCCUUCCUCCCUCCCCCAACACCUCAUGCCUCCACCCUGCUCCUCUCCACCCCUCUCCCCUCCCCCAUCUCUCAUCCGACCACGACCUCCCUCCGAGCCCCAGCACCUCAUGUCUUCCGCCCCUUCCCUUCCUCUACCCCUCUGGCCUCCUCCCGCCAUCUAUUCCCUCCUUUCUCCCCUGCCUCCCUCCCCGUCUCUCCCGCCCCACACCACGCCUCCUGUCUGCUCUUCUCGCCUCACUCACUUGAUACCUCGGCUUGGUAGUGGUGGCGCCAGCCCUUUCCCUGUGUCAGUGUCACUGUUAGCCAGCCAGAGGAGGGUCUAGCACGUCUGGUGAGCGAAGGUGCCCUAAAGUGAUUACCAUACUUGUCUUGCUUACCUCUCGCAGUAUACGCAAGGUCUUACAACGUCUGGGCAGGCGAGGCCACAGGAGUAAUCAUGGUGGCUUUAGGAGUAGAGAAAGAGGAACACGUCCUCAGAUGCACGUGGGAGAACAUAGAGCCAGUCCCUCAGGAGCCCCUCAUCACAUAUAUCCUGAAUAAAUGUGCCCAAGCUGGAGAAAUUGAUGCCUUGGUAGAUGGUGUGUCAGGAGAGAAGCUGAAGUACAGUGAGCUGACUGCCUGGGUGCGUAACGUCAGCUAUGGGUGGCGGGCAGCCGGGUUGGAGGCUGACCAGGUGGUGUGUUUGGUCACCCCAAAUUGUAUCCUUGCCCUGCCAACUUUCCUUGCCACUGUUGCUGCUUCAGGCAUUGUAACUUUUGCCAAUCCACUCUACACCCCAGAUGAGCUGCAUCGGCACAUCAACCACAGCGGCUCCUCCUGGAUCGUUGUCCACCCGCUGUUCCUCCCGAGUGUGCAGGCUGCUAUCAAGGAUAACAAGAACAUAAAGGGUAUUUACAUCUUGGGAAAUGAAGGCAAGGAUGAUGUCCAGCCUGUCACCAGCCUGUGGAAAGAAGCCCCGGCUGAUUGGGUGUGUGACGGUGCCUCAGGGGACCAGGUGUUGCAUCUACCAUACUCCUCAGGCACCACUGGCCUUCCUAAAGGAGUGGAAAUUACAGCUACUAAUUGGCUUGCUGUGCUUUCAUGUAUUGGGAGGAAAGAAUAUCUGGACAUCAGAAGUGAAGAUGUCAUUUUGGGAAUCCUACCAUUUUUCCACAUCUUUGGAAUUGGAAUGGGCCUUGCUGCUCUCUCUCAUGGAGCCACCAUGGUCACUCUCCCCAGGUUUAUCCCAGAUGUUUUCCUGAAGGCACUGCAAACUUACAAAGUCACACUGGUGCCGGUGGUGCCUCCCUUGGCUAUCUUUUUAGCCAAACAUGAAAUUGUUGCCAAAUUUGAUCUGAGUGCUGUGAAGAGCAUUGUGUGUGGAGCUGCUCCUCUGUCAGGAGAGGUGCAGGAAAUACUGUGUAAAAGGUUUCCAGAAGUAACUGUAAGGCAGGGCUUUGGCAUGACGGAAACAACCCUUGCAGUGUUUGCCAGCGAGUCCAACGAGCCUGGAGCUGUGGGCCAUAUCACGGCACACAGUGAAGCCAAGGUUGUUGACAUGGAAACUGGUGAUUCUGUCGGACCAAAUGUAGAUGGAGAAUUGUGUGUGAGAGGUCCAGUAAUUACUAAGGGUUACUUUAACGAUGAGAAAGCCACCAGAGAGCUGAUAGAUUCUAGCGGCUGGCUCCACACUGGUGAUGUGGGCCACUUCAGUGAGGAUGGAGUCUUCUACAUUGUGGAUCGCAUCAAGGAGCUUAUCAAGUACAAAGGUUUCCAGGUUGCACCAGCAGAACUUGAGGGUCUGUUGGUAACACAUGAGGCCAUUGCUGAUGCUGCUGUCAUUGGUGUGAAGGAUGAGGAGGCUGGGGAGUGUCCAAAGGCAUAUAUUGUACAAAAACCUGGAAAAACAAUUGAUCCUGAAGACAUUAUUGCUUGGGUCAAAGAGAGAGUGGCUCCAUUCAAGCGGCUGCGAGGAGGUGUGGAGAUCAUUGAUGCCAUUCCUCGCUCACCUGCAGGAAAAAUAUUGCGGAAAAACUUGCGUGAACAGCCAAAUGGUGCCUAGAAAUUUAAAUGUAAAUUAUAUGUAAAGUAUAAGCUAAAGAUAUUGCUUUACCCUUGCAGAAUUCUGUGUUUUUGGGUAAUUCAUUGUGUAGAAAAUUUGUUAUUAUUAAAAGAUCAGUGGCAUUAUGAAUUGUUUUCAAGGUGUUGGUUUCCAGUUUUCAGUACAAUUUUCUCACUGUUUUGUGAAGUGACAUGUGCCCUAUAGAAACAUUCCCCACAUAUCUUGGGUAUUUUAUAGACAAAGAUAUGUUACUGUUUUAAAAAUAUUUAAAUGAUAUGAAAUAUGUUACAAAUGUAAAUUUUCAGUUUUAUUUAAUGAAAUAUACCCAAACUAUGAACUU